AUGGAUGUCGAACUGUAUGUUUACGAUCUAUCCAAGAUGUCUGGCCAGCUGCUUGGAAUACAGAUUGCGGCCGUUUACCACACAGCUCUGGUGUUCGGUGGAAUAGAAUACUUCUUUGGCGCAGGUGUUCAGACAUCAUAUCCGGGAAGGACUCAUCAUGGAAAGCCUAUGGAAGUCAUUUCCAUGGGGGCAACCCAACUACCUCUAGAAGUGAUUUUGGAGUACCUCGAAUCGCUCAAGGCAAUAUAUACGAUGGAGUCCUACGAUCUAUUCCUCCACAAUUGCAAUAACUUCACGAAUGACUUUGCGAUGUUUUUAGUCGGCAAAGGCAUUCCAGACCACAUCACCUCACUGCCACAAACAGUUCUAAAUACGCCUUUCGGCCAGAUGUUGAAGCCUCAGCUCGAUAACGCCAUGCGCGGUAUCACACAGGCUCCGGUACCACCGAAUAGCGUCCCUCGAGCCGCAACACAGCCACAAUCGAUACCUAAUGGGCUCUCAUCUCGCCCACAAACAGGCAUGAGCAUAUCGCAGAAGAAGGAGGAAGUUCCUGGCGUGGUAUAUAAACCGACGAGGUUGAAGCAACUGGACGAGUUGCUGGCCUCGGCCCAGGAUUCCUGCGCAGUCGUCUUCUUCACCUCCGCCACCUGCCCACCCUGCAAGAUCGUCUACCCAGCAUACGAUGAACUUGCAGCAGAAGCUGGCAACAAAGCUGUGCUGAUAAAAGUCGAUCUCACUGAUGCAUACGAGAUCGGCGCAAGGUAUCAAGUCCGCGCCACACCUACGUUUAUGACGUUCAUCAAAGGAGAGAAAGAGAGCGAGUGGUCAGGCGCAAACGAAGCGCAGCUUCGUGGAAAUGUACGUCUACUGAUCCAGAUGGCCCAUCCUCCGCAUCCACAUACUCUCCUCCGACUACCGACCUUGCAACGUCUGCAUAAGUCGCCCGUCACUUAUACCAAAAUUCCACCAAUCGAGAAGCUCAUCGCCAAAAUGGGAACCGCUGGCUCUGAUACCGCUGUUGGCGCUCUGAAAGGUUUUGUCACAACUCGACAGCAGUCCGGUGCUGUGGAUGCUCCACUUCCCGAUCUGCCUGCUGUCUCUGCCUUCAUAUCCAAAUCAUUUCAAACCUUACAGCCAGAGAGCCUUUUUCCAAUAGUUGACCUCUUCCGCCUAGCCCUCGUGGAUCCCCGGGUGAGUGGCUAUUACGCUGAAGAUGCCUCCGAAACCGUGUUCAGGAUCUUAAAUACCGUCAAUCGCCUAGAUACAAGCUGCCCAUAUCAACUACGGAUUGUGACCUUACAUAUGGCAUGCAAUCUGUUCACUUCACAACUCUUCCCUAUCAAACUCUUCAUGGAGCCGUCCUAUUCAACACCUCUAUUUCAACUCGUCACAUCUUCCCUCUUGGACAAUGAACAUCCACCUGUACGAGUCGCGGCAUCAUCCCUAGCAUUCAAUAUGGCUGCUUCAAACCAUCAACAACGCAUUCAAGGGAAGGCUGACUUCUUACCGGAGAGCAGCCAGGUGGAAUUAGUAGCUAGUCUACUUGAGGCGAUGGGACGCGAAAGAGAGAGCAAGGACGGCAUGAGAGGGCUGCUUGUUGCCGUCGGCCUGUUGAAGUAUAUGACAGAUAAAGGGGGCGAGGUAGACGACCUUUGUGAAGCUGUGGGAGCGAAGGAUAUCAUUGCGGAGGCAAAAGGAGCCUUUCCCGACCUCAGAGAGCUGGCGAAGGAGGUGGAGCAAGUCAUGUGA